UCACUUAUGUAACAUCAAUGAACCAGUUUACGUUGAAUGAAUAAGGGUGAUGUUAUAACUAACACGUGUCACAUGUAAUAUUAUGUUUUUUUGGGUUUUGAAUAUUAUUGAUCUUCGCAGGAAAACCAAAGUUAAACAUUAACAUCAUAUCUGUUUGAGCAAAUCUCAAGAUCAAUACAUACACUAUUCUUCUGUAACCAUUUCGGACCUUAAGUAGGGGGUUAAUAUAUAAGGCUGAGAGAUAUAUAAGUCCUAGAAUCUUGAGCCGAUUAUUCACUUCGUGGUUUUUCCUCGCCGAGCUACGAUCAUUUGCUGCUAAGUAAUUGAUUCACUGGCUAGAAGUGUACUUGCAAUGGCGAUAAGAAACCUUCGAGUAUUCGCGUUACUUAUGGUAGCCAUCCUCGGUAGUGUUCACGGACUAAAAGGAAAAAGGCAAACGAAAUAUAUUGUCAACCAAGUGACAGAACCAGUACAACAUGCUGAAGGUCCUCAUUGGGAUUAUCGUUCUGAGACACUCUUCUUCGUAGAUAUACAUGAACAAAAAAUAUACAGAUUGAAUUCACGUGCUAAAAGCUUGACUUAUACUUAUAUAGCAAAUGGACCAGUUGGCGUAGCAAUUCCUGUAGAGGAUUCUCCCGAUCAGUUGGUAGCUGGAGCUGGUACAGAUUUCGUUUUAGUCACAUGGGAUGCAACUAAUAACGAUACAAAUCCAACAAUAAAUGUAUUAACCAAAGUCGAUACUGACCGUACUGAUACUCGAUGGAAUGAUGGUAAAGUAGAUUCAUCAGGACGAUUCUGGGGAGGCACCAUGGGUCCCGAAAUUAAUGGAGUGAUAACUCUUAAUCGUGGAUCAUUAUAUCGUAUCACGAAUGAACUUAAACCGGAAAAAAUGGUGUCCCCAGUCAGCAUAAGUAAUGGUGAAGCCUGGAACAUUCAGGAUAAUAAAUUUUAUUAUAUAGAUUCGCCAACCCGUCAAAUUGUCUCUUACAGCUUUGAUUCUUAUAAAGGAAUUAUUUCUAAUAAGACAAUCGCUUUUGAUCUAAAAUCCAAUAACAUAAUUGGUACUCCUGAUGGUAUGACUAUUGAUGUUAAUGGUAAUCUUUGGGUGGCACUGUAUGGUGGUAAUCAUGUAAUCAAUGUGAAUCCAAGGACAGGGAAGCUACUGAGAGCCAUAAAAAUUCCUGCCGAGCAAGUAACUAGUGUAGCGUUUGGUGGUCCUCUAUUGGACAUUCUCUAUGUUACCACGUCAAGAAUCGGAUUAAAUGAAUCUCAAUUGUUAUCACAACCCAAAGCUGGCUCUGUAUUUGCAGUGAAAAACUUAGGUAUCCAGGGCUUACCAGCGAAUUUAUUUGAAUUGACCAGAGCAUAGUUUUGAUUAACGUUGAUGACAAUUUAAGAUAUACAUUGCGAGUUUACAACGAAUGUAGAUAAUCGUAAUUAAUAAAUUGUAACGCAGACACUGAGUUGUAGUAAA